AGAGGGGGGGAGAAGGAAGGCUUCAUCCACUGCCUGCCAUUGCAGUGCGGCGGCUGCUGCUCUGGAGCCACAUCAGGAAGACCUCUCCAUUCCUUUUCUGUAAGAUUUUCACAAGCACGCAAGGAGGACCAUUGCGUUUGCGAAGAGCGCAGCAAUGGAGGAGACUGUCAUUUGGGAACAGCACACAGUAACACUACACAGGGCACCAGGGUUUGGCUUCGGGAUAGCCAUAUCAGGAGGUCGGGAUAACCCUCAUUUUCAGAGCGGCGAGACCUCCAUUGUCAUCUCGGAUGUGCUGAAAGGAGGCCCAGCUGAGGGCCUGCUGCAGGAAAAUGACAGAGUCGUCAUGGUCAAUGCCGUCUCCAUGGACAAUGUGGAGCACGCGUACGCAGUCCAGCAGCUUCGUAAAAGUGGAAAAAUUGCCAAAAUUACAAUCAGGCGGAAGAGGAAGGUGCAUGUCCCCAUGGGCCGCCUGGGCGAGAGGGAAACUAUGUCGGAGCAUGACGAGGAGGAGGACAGCUACGAUGAAGAGAUAUACGAGACGCGGAGCGGACGCAGCGGCGCUUACAGCGGCGUGGGCGGGGCCAUGGGCAGGCGCAGUGGCCGGAGCAGCGGGCGAAGGGACAGGGAGCGUGAACGCAGCGGCUCGCGGGAGAGGAGUCUCUCCCCACGCUCAGACCGCCGCUCACACAACCUGCCCCCACGUCCUGCCAAGGUCACACUUGUCAAAUCCCGUAAAAAUGAAGCAGAAUAUGGCCUGCGCCUGGCCAGCCACAUCUUUGUCAAGGACAUUUCCCCUGAGAGCCUGGCAGCCAGGGACGGCAACAUCCAGGAAGGGGAUGUUGUACUGAAGAUCAAUGGCACAGUGACAGAGAACCUCUCCUUGAUAGACGCAAAGAAGCUGAUAGAAAGGUCAAAGGGCAAGCUAAAAAUGGUUGUUCAGAGGGACGACAGGGCGACCCUGCUGAACAUCCCUGACCUCGAUGACAGCAUUCCUUCAGCUAACGCCUCUGACAGAGACGACAUUUCAGAUAUCCAUUCUCUGGCCUCCGAUCAUUCCAAUCGAUCGCAUGACAGACAUCGUAGCAGCCGCUCUCGCUCUCCAGACAGAAGAUCUGAACCCUCAGACCACUCCAGGCACUCGCCUCCGCAAAUCAGCAAUGGCAGUCACAGAAGUCGUGAUGACGAACGGAUCUCAAAGCCGGCUUCAACACCAGCGAAGCUCGCAGAGGAGGUUCCUCUGCCCAAACCGAAGGAGUCGGCUAUUGCUAGAGAGGAGAAACAGCUCCCACCGCUCCCAGAGCCCAAGCCUGUGUAUGCUCAGCCUGGGCAGCCAGAUGUAGACCUGCCUGUCAGUCCCUCUGAUGCUCCUGUGCCAAGCGCUGCCCACGAUGAUAGCAUCCUACGGCCAAGCAUGAAGCUGGUGAAGUUCAGGAAGGGGGAGAGCGUGGGGCUGCGGCUGGCUGGGGGGAACGACGUGGGCAUCUUCGUGGCCGGAGUGCUGGAGGAUAGCCCAGCUGCUAAGGAGGGCCUGGAGGAGGGCGACCAAAUUCUCAGGGUAAAUAAUGUAGAUUUUGCAAACAUAAUCCGAGAGGAGGCGGUGCUGUUCCUCCUGGACCUUCCUAAAGGUGAAGAGGUCACUAUUCUGGCCCAGAAGAAGAAAGAUGUGUAUCGGCGGAUCGUGGAGUCGGAUGUUGGCGACUCCUUCUACAUCCGGACACACUUUGAGUAUGAGAAGGAAUCUCCGUAUGGGUUAAGCUUUAACAAGGGUGAGGUCUUCCGUGUGGUGGACACCCUCUACAAUGGCAAGCUGGGCUCCUGGUUGGCUAUUCGCAUCGGCAAGAACCACCAAGAGGUGGAGAGGGGCAUCAUCCCCAACAAAAACAGAGCGGAGCAGCUCUCCAGCGUGCAAUACACUCUCCCCAAAACAGCAGGGGGCGACAGGGCUGACUUCUGGAGGUUUCGUGGUCUUCGCAGCUCCAAGAGGAACUUGAGGAAGAGCAGAGAGGACCUCUCUUCCCAGCCAGUCCAAACGAAGUUCCCAGCUUAUGAAAGAGUUGUACUGAGAGAGGCUGGUUUCCUGAGACCUGUGGUGAUAUUUGGGCCCAUCGCUGAUGUUGCUCGAGAAAAACUCUCCAGAGAAGAGCCAGAUCUUUUUGAGCUCGCAAAGAGUGAACCGAGAGAUGCGGGAACAGACCAGCGUAGUUCAGGAAUCAUUCGUCUUCACACCAUCAAGCAGAUCAUCGACAGAGACAAACAUGCUGUGCUGGACAUCACCCCGAACGCAGUGGACAGGCUGAACUAUGCUCAGUGGUACCCGAUUGUAGUCUUCCUAAAUCCCGAUAAUAAGCAGGGUGUGAAGAACAUGAGGACCAGACUGUGUCCAGAGUCCAGGAAGAGCGCCAGGAAGCUCUAUGAGAGAGCCAUCAAACUGAGGAAGAAUAAUCACCACCUGUUCACCACCACCAUCAACCUGAACAACAUGAAUGACGGCUGGUACGGCGCUCUGAAAGAAACAAUCCAGCAGCAGCAGAACCAGCUGGUGUGGGUGUCAGAGGGCAAGGCGGAUGGCACCACAGAGGAUGACUUGGAUAUCCAUGAUGACCGUCUGUCCUACCUGUCGGCACCAGGUAGUGAGUACUCCAUGUACAGCACGGACAGCCGCCACACUUCUGAUUACGAGGACACCGACACGGAAGGCGGAGCGUACACAGACCAGGAACUGGACGAGACUUUGAACGACGAGGUGGGUCUCCCCACGGAGCCCGCCAUCACCCGCUCUUCCGAGCCCGUUCGAGAAGACCCACCCGUAAUUCAGGACACUCCUGGUUACCCUGGAUACCAGCACCCCGUGCAGCCCGAACCAGCCAGUCGCAUAGACCCUGCUGGGUUCAAGAUGGCCGCUCCGCAACAGCAAGAUGAGGCUGCUCUGCCCAUGCCCUCGUUGCCUCCGACGGUGGUAGCGCCCCCUGCUGUUGAGCAGCCUGUACAGCUAGAGGGUAUGCACCUAGAGGAGCCGCCUGCUGCAGCCGCAGCUCCUCAGGCUGACUCACUUAGCAGCCCCAGCCCUGCCCCUGAGCUUAUUCAGCCCCCACCACCACCACACGAACCCCACCCGUCUGGACCGCCUGGUCCAGAACCAAAGAUGUACAAGAAAGAUCUGUACAAUAUGGAGGACCCUGUGCGAAUCAACCAUGGCCUGAAGCAGUCUAUGAGCUACAGUCACCAGCCGUCGUACCAGGACAAACAGCCAUACCGCGAAUACGACCACCCGCCUUACGGUUACGAUGGAGGCGGCUACACAGAACCAAAGCCUCACACUGACUCUCACCUGCACUACGACAACCGUGUGCCUCAUUACAACGAACAGUGGCCCCCCUAUGACCAGCAGACCUCGUCCUCUCAGCCCGCAGGGUACCAGCCGGGCCACCAGCAACCCAUGGGCUACAACCCCCGGUCCCCCUACGAGGACGGACCAGGGAGGGACUACAGCCCCCCUCAGCCGCGCUAUGAUGAGGCCCCGCCAGUGGGCUACGAUGGCAGACCACGCCACAGUAAACCUGGGCCCAUUCGUUAUGAUGAACCCCCGCCCCCGCCCCCAGCUGGCUAUGAUGCUCGCUCUCCUUAUGAGGCCGAACCUCACGGCUUCCCCAUAAAUUCACCACGAUCUCCAGAGCCUCCAAAGCAGUAUUACGGUGACUCUGGUCUGAGGCCCACCUACAUUCCUGGGCCUCCAAACCGGGGCUAUAAGCCAGGGAUGCAUGAGCCUAUGAUGAACUCUGAACCCACAAUUCCCCCUCCUAAAUCAGAGACCCUGUCCUCGCCAGGUGAGCCGGCCAUCACUCCAGGCUCCAAACCCCUCCCUCCACCACCCCGGGAAGACCUGGAUGAGGACCCGGCCAUGAAACCGCAGUCAGUGCUAAACAGAGUCAAGAUGUUUGAGAAUAAACGGUCUGUUUCUAUGGACAGGGCUAAAGAGGGAGAGACGGCGGCACUCAGGCCUGCAGAUGUUCCUAAACCUGUGAGUGCACCUGGCCCAGUCCUCAAAGCCAAUUCCCUCAGCAACCUGGAGCAGGAGAAGUCCACCUAUAGGGCUCCUGAGCCACAGAAGCCUCAUUCUAAACCCCUGGAUGAUGUAGUGCGGUCCAACCACUAUGACCCAGAUGAGGAUGAGGAGUACUACAGGAAACAGUUGUCCUACUUUGACCGCCGUAGCUUUGACAGCAAGGCCAUGGGCCAGCCGAGUCCUGGCAUCAACCGCUUCCAUGAUCUGCCCAAACCAGCUCAGCUGUCCUACCCAUACAGCCGAGUUGAGUCUGUAGAGAAGGUGAGUCCAGUGGAGAAAAGAUACGAACCCCUGCCCCAAAUCAGCCCAUCCUCCCAGUAUGGGCCCCCUGCGUCCGCCAUCCCACCCAACACACUGCCCAAACUCAUCCCCAAUGACGCUAACGCCAUACCCGAGCCGUUGAGCUCACCCAAUCCUAAGCCUGAGCUGGCAGCUCUCAGACCGGCCAGCAGGGACGAACCCACCCCAGGCGGCUACCUGCCCCCGCGAGGCCUCCCGGACAAAUCCCCCGUCAACGGCACAGAUGCGGCACCCCCAAAGACGCUGGCCGCUCCCGCUCCAACUAGCUACAACCGCUACGUCCCCAAGCCGUACACCAGCUCCGCCCGGCCCUUCGAGCGCAAGUUCGAGAGCCCCAAGUUCAACCACAACCUGCUGCCCAACGACACACAGGUGAAGACGGACCUCCUCAGUAUGCCCAGCGUGGUGAGCAACAGCGGUGGGAAGCCUCAGCUGUCGCCGCAGCCCCUGGAUCACGACAGUGGCCUGGACACCUUCACACGCACUAUGGACAACAGGCCCAAAUACCAGCACAAUAACAUCAAUGCCAUCCCCAAGGCCAUCCCAGUCAGCCCCAGCACGCUAGACGACGACGACGAAGACGAAGGGCACACGGUGGUGGCCACCGCCCGGGGGAUCUUCAACUGUAACGGAGGGGUCCUGAGCUCCAUCGAGACGGGUGUCAGCAUCAUCAUCCCCCAGGGCGCCAUCCCCGAGAGCGUGGAGCAGGAGAUUUACUUCAAGGUGUGCCGGGACAACAGCAUCCUGCCCCCCCUCGACAAGGAGAAAGGAGAAACGCUGCUAAGUCCGCUGGUGAUGUGUGGCCCUCAUGGACUCAAGUUCCUGAAGCCGGUGGAGCUGCGCUUACCUCACUGUGCGUCUAUGACCCCUGAUGGUUGGUCUUUUGCUCUAAAAUCCUCCGACUCCUCGUCGGGUGAUCCCAAAACCUGGCAGAACAAAUCUCUCCCCGGAGACCCAAACUACCUGGUGGGUGCAAACUGUGUGUCCGUGCUCAUUGACCACUUCUGAAGAGGGCAACAGCUGGCCUGUUACUGAAUGUGAUAAACAGGGGACCUCGCUCGCCCCUGCCGUGCUCCCCCCGCCGCGGCGGGGUGCACGAUGCUCGAUGAAGUAUGAACUUGUUACUCUCACGUUGUUUACUGUGCCCAAAAGAAAAAAAAAAGAAAAAGAAAAAACACACAUACA